AUGGAGGUAGCAGGGCUGGUCGUCGGCGUCGCUGGCUUGGCCGGCUUGUUUUCAACAUGUCUAGACGCCCUAGACAAGACCCAGCAGUACCGCAACUCUGCCGAGGACAUGCACCACCUCGAGACGCAGUUCCAGGCGGAGAAUCUGCGCUUCCAGCAGUGGGGUCGCGAUAUUGGGCUCCAACGCGGGGAAACCCUCAAGGAAGGCCACCACAAAGCACUUGAGGACGUGGACACAAGGAAGACGAUCCAAGAGAUAUUGCAGAUCAUAUAUACAUUGUGUCAGCCUGGAGACGAAGGCUCAACUCGGCUCAACCGCUCGCCGGGGCAGCACGUAUUGUCGUCAUCGCGGAAACAGAGAGUCGCCUGGGCCUUGUGGGGGAAGGGAAAGCGAGAAGAAGAGGUGAAGCUGUUCAAGGAUCUUGUUCAGAAUUUGUACAACCUGGUUCCUCCUGGGUUGCCAGCCCAUGAUACCACUGCUGAGCAGACAUCAAAGGCUACACUAGCCGACCAUCUAAACAAGGCACAUCUGCUGGACGAAGUCAGGCAGUUUAUCGCACGACGAGAUGCAGAGCGAAAAGUGGAACUAAGGCAACAUCUGCAAUCUUGGCUCUUGGGCUCCUAUUCGACAAACAAUGUAUACCACGAGGCUACUCAGAGGCGGCUGGAUGGUACUUGCAACUGGGUCACGGGCCGACCCGAGUUUCAAUCAUGGCUUUCAAAGAAAAGCCAAUCCAGCUUACUUUGGAUAAACGGUCCGGCUGGAUUUGGCAAAACAGUCCUCUGCGCCAGAGUGGUGCAAUACCUGACUGAGACCUUAACAACACCAGUCGCUCACUUCUUUUUCUCCUCGGAUUUUGAGAGUCAGGCGGAGCCGUUUGUGGUUGUUCGGUCAUGGAUAUACCAGUUGAUGCUCCAAGAUGAGGGUAUUUUUGAUGUGGUCUACGACGCAUGGCUUGAACUAGUCGACAAACGGGCAGCCAACCACAUCGUCGAAAAGCUCUUCGAGGAUAUUGUGGGCAGCUCACCGAACUGCGUGCUGGUAUUGGACGGAAUUGAUGAAUGCAAAUCUCUGGGUCAACUUGAGCACACGCCGUUCGAAGUGAUGAAAAAGGCUACAAGCAAACACAGCGUCCGAAUAUUGAUUGUUAGCCGAAACGAACCGGAUAUCCGACAUGCUCUUGAAGACGACGACGGUAUUCAAUGCUUCAACGAGUACAAAAUAACCACCCAGGAUGUUCGUCAGGACACCGAGUCAUAUUCUCGCAGUAUCGUGGAGAAGAAACUUUCCAGCAAGGCUGAAGACAUCAAGAACGAUGUGACGCAGAGAAUGGCCGCACGGUGUGACGGCCAGUUUCUCUGGCUCAAGAUGCAGGGUGACAACCUGCGGCGCGGCAUGAACAAAGUACAGCUCCAACGAGCUAUCAACAACACCCCCUCCGGCUUGAUGCAAAUCUAUGAACGGAACUGGGAAUCGAUAUCAAGCUUUGAACUCCCGGAAAUGAAGAGGGCAUACAGUCUUCUCAGAUGGGCCGCAUUUUCCAUCCGUCCUCUCACGGUCGGCGAGAUAACCGAAGCAAUAUUGAUGGAGGAUGACUCUGAUGAAGUUCCAAUUGAAGAGCUUCCUGACCAGUUUGACGAGGAUUACAUCAACACUGAAAUUCUCGACCUAUGCGGCUCUCUGAUUGAGGUGCGUCAAGGCCAGCGAGAUGCCUCGAAUCAAAACAUGACUGUCCAUGUCACGCAUUUCUCUGUCAGGCAAUACCUUCUUCAGAAAAUCUCGGGUACUAUACAAGUUUUGGGUGCCAACGGCCGACUCCAAGCUUCCAAUGAAGUCUUGGAGAACACUUUACUUGCAAAGAGAUGUCUCCAGUAUAUCCAAUUUUCUGGGAUGUGGUCAGAAGUGAAACAUGGUAUGGAGUUUUCUCGGUUUGCAUCAUGCGUGAAACAUAGCUCAACGGGGCCCCCAGGAAAGCAGUUUCGAGAAUACGCAGCUGAUUCUUGGUUUACGCACGUGAAGUCAGGAUCCCAAGAGAUGAUCGCGCAUACAGUCAAUGCAUUCCUUGAACCUGAUUCACAUUCUCUCCGGGGAUGGAGCGCGUGGAUUGAUAAACAAAUGAUAGACAAAGAGCCGAAAUAUUUGGGUCGAAUUAUUAUUUCCAAAAUCAAUUCUCUCUGCUACGCUACCUGGCUGGGCCUACAAUUCAGUGUCAUUCAUCUGCUAGAGAGCGAAGAUCAUGUUAUAGAUGGACAAGACCGGCUCGGUAGGAGCCCUCUUGCGAUCAGUUGCAGGCUUGGUCAUACUGGAAUAGCACGCAUAUUACUAGACGCAGGGGCCAGCGUGACAACCAAAGAUCUCAAGGAACAAACGCCGUUGCAUACAGCAUUAGAACACGGCCACAACGAUAUUGCUCGCAUGUUGGUUGAGCAUGGUGCAGAUUGUAACGCAAAAAACCGGGAUGGCUGGACGCCGCUUUGUGCUGCGUCUGACAGCGGUGAUGUAGUUUUGGCCAGGACGAUGGUUGAAAACGGUGCAGACGUUAACGCCCUGAGCAAGUUUGAUUGGACACCGAUUCUGUUGGCUACAACCUCAGGCCACAUUGAAAUUGUCAGACUUCUUCUUGAAAAGGGUGCAAACUUAGAAUUGGCAAACAAGCAUAACUGGACGCCAGCACUCGCAGCAACGGCGAAUGGCUAUCUUGAUAUACUCAAGCUGCUCGUUGAAAAUGGUGCGAAUAUCAGCAAUGCUAGCUCAUCAGGCCGGUCCUUGGUUAAUGCUACUGAAACCGGACAUGGCGAUGUUCCGCGGUUUUUGCUUGACCAAGAAGACAAUACCCCUCGUUCCAAUAUAGAGGGGUGGGCACCUCUUCACAUUGCUGCAGGCACGGGAGAUGGACGUACGGAUAUCAUUCAGUUCCUUCUAGACAAAGGAGCAGAUACUUCAAUUAGAAACCACGACGGCCACACACCGCUUUUCAUGGCAGCGAGAACAGGCCGUCUCAGUGCGGCUCGAGUUCUUGUAUCUGGUGGAGCGAGUCUGGAUGUGACAGACAAUGCUGGAUGCACGCCGCUAUUCAGGGCUAUCUUUAAGGGCUAUUUUGAUCUCGCCAAUUAUUUGGUCGAGCAAGGGGCUAGUCCACAUAUUAAAUUCGGUCUUGGAUGGACACAGCUGCAUGUGGCUGCUCAAUCUGGACGCCUCGACGUUGUCAAAUACCUUUUCGAAAAUUUGAACGAGUUGUACGUACGAGAUGAUAGGCUCUUGAUGCCUCUUCACUACGCUUCACUCUUCGGCUAUGUGAAAGUUGUCCAGUACCUAGCUUCUCAGGGUGUCGAUUUGAACGCCAAAGACGUGGACGGCGAAACGCCGCUACACAAAGCUUCAAAGCGCGGUCACUUUGAGGUUGUGAAGGUUCUUGUCGAAAAAGGAGCGUCGGUAAACGUACAAUGCAAUAAGUACUAUACCCCUCUCUCGUUAACGAUAGUAAGUGGGCAGCUCAAUAUUGUGAAGUUCUUCUUUGACAAGGGGUUUCAUCCGCAUUUACUCAACGACAAGAGGUGCCCAUUCCCUCCUCUUAUCAUGGCGUCUGAACAAGGCAUGCUGGAUAUUGUCGAGUACUUACUGAACAAUGGUGCUGUGGUUGAUAUUCGAGAUAGCAAUGGCGAUACUUGCACAAUCGCUGCCGCUCGUGAGGGGCAUACAAAGUUGUUGCAGUUGUUGAUCAACAAGGGUGCCGACAUAGAAGCUACAAACCGCGAGGGCUGGACUGCACUCAAAGCCGCUUCAAACAGUCGUGAAAUCGAAACAGCGCAAUUAUUGUUUGACAACGGCGCAAAAGUUCAUAAUUCGAUGAACAUCAAGAUCGAGACUUCUAUGGCUGGUGGAAACAAGCUGCAAGGUGUUGCGAAAUUACUUCCUAAGAUGGCCGGAGCGAGCCACCAUACUUUGUAUUCGGCGGUAUCUGCUAGAGAUCUUAAUCUCGUCCAGCAACUGGUAGAACAAGGAGCGGACAUUAAUCUCAAAGAUGAAAACCAACUAACCGCACUUAUGUUAGCUUCUCGCCAUGGGGAUGUCGACACAAUCUUGUAUUUGAUCGGCCAAGGUGCGGAUAUUGAUGCCUAUUCGUCUAAUUCCAAAGUCACGGCCUUACUCAUAGCAGUGAAAGCGGGCAGGCGAAACGUUGUCAGGCUGUUAGUGGAGAAAGGAGCCGACAUUUCCGCUACAGAUCGCUCGGGUUGGACGGUUUUGCACUUUGCCUGUCAGCGCAACUAUCUCGCGUUGGCUCGUUUCCUGAUAGCCCAUGGAGCCGAUCCUCUGGCUCGAACAAAAGCCGGGUCGACAACUCUCGGGAUUGCCGCAAUAGAAUCAAAAUCAAACCCUGGGUUUGUAGACUUGUUAGUCGGGUGCGGUGUGUGCGUUGCAGAUGGCGAUGCUGAUGGUUGGACACCUCUCCACAGUGCAGUGAGAAACAAGCAAGACUUAGAGUUCGUCCGACAACUUCUUGAGAGGAGAGCAGAUCCUAAUGUCAAAUUAAAUGAUGGUUCUCAGCCAAUGCUCUACGCUGCUCUCGCUGGCGAUCUACCCAAUGUCAGACUCUUACACGAAUACGGGGCAUCGAUAGAGUCCAGAAGAAAUAACGAUGGGUCGACUCCCCUUCACGCUGCUGCCCAAGAGGGGCAUCAUAUCAUAGUUGAAUGGCUCCUAGAACAUGGAGCAGAUAUUUCUGCCUGCGACGAAAAGCGGUUCACGGCGCUUCACCAGGCCUCGGCGCCAGAUCAUCUCGUUACUAUGAAAGUAUUGAUAAACCGAGGAGCUAACCUUGAUGCCCCUGAUUACAAGGGCUUCACACCCUUGCACUAUGCCGCAAGCUUGCCCAAACAUGGACCUCCGCUUAUCAACGCUUUGCUUGGAGCCGGCGCAGAUCCCAGGGUAGCAGCUGAUGAUGGAAAACGCCGCUGCAUCAAUGUGCUGUUUGGGGUGAAAGAAGCCACUUAA